CACUGUCGUCUUCACAAGUCUUUGACAAAACACGACCUUUCACGUGUUUUAUUAACAAAGCAGUGGUAAGAUGUGUUGCUGUGGGCAAAAGGCUCAUAAGUGACAACAAGAUACCUGACGUUUUACUCGUUUCCUUGUGACCGACACCGUCAUGUUUUUACUGUCACUCUAUGCUGUGGCUGUCACUCUGGGUGUGUGUAUUUACUGGUUCCUGCAUAAUGGCCCAGGACGGAGACUACGGGUGCUUCACCAGGCUAUCCAAGGGGCUCAGGACUCCAAGCAGAUACCACCUAUUAACGGAGGUCCCUCGGACAGUACCACCUACUUCCGUUCGUACAAGUCACCUCGAAAAGCUCAAGUUAAAGAAAUUCACCACUCCAAUGAAACUGCUACUGUUAAAGUAAUUACUCCAGAUGGCGUCACUUUAGUAGAGACAGUCGACCGCAGCGACACUUCACGGGAAGAUAAUAAAUUACAGCCGCCACCUAGAAUCCCACCUCGUCGAGUCAAUAAACCACCAUUCCAACCUCACCAACGGCCUACUAGACCACCACCACCACCACCACCUAUCCUCGAGGUGGAAAAUAGAAGAACCCAUGAAAACGAUGAUAUAGAGUUAUGUCAUAUUCAUAAAGAGGCAAUCUCAUGUUCCAGUACCACACAUGUGCAGAAAGAAUCCGAUCACAGACUGCUUGUUAGAAUAGAGGAUUCCUCAAAAUGCUCCAGCCCUGACUUACCUCUUCCGCCACCACCAAACACAACAGACACUGAAGUCAUCAAUUGUGAUGAUCCUCUCCCUCCACCCCCUUACCCGCAAGAAGUGGAACUACCUACCAAAGUGUUGCCUCAGUCAUUAAUUGUUUAUCCAAAAAACUCGUACAUGUCAUACAGGAGUGAGCGGAAGCUAGGAAGACAGGGGUUUGAUGGUAACUACUGGAGAUCAUCUUCAAAGUCUGGGUCUCUUGACCUGUCGUAUCCAGUCUCCAAAGCCUCACAGGAUGGCCAAAUUCGAGUCUCUCCGGCUUCAUGGGAAAAGCUCCACAAUAUUAGAAAGCAAGGCACUACUCUUAUAUUUCACUCGAACUCCAUUCGGGGACGAACUUGGUCAGAUAGCCGAUGUCUCGUUGAUCGAGGAUCACCAAGUUCAAGCUCUGACCAUAAGUUUCCCGUGACACCAGAUCCAUCCUUUCAGCCUGAAAACAUUCCUGGAGAUAACCAACCAAGGACCACAGUUUCUAUCAACGAAAAUUCCUCAGUCGGUCACGAUUCUCAAUGUCAAAGUGCUAGUCAUGGUUGUUCUUCUCCAUUAAAGAAGUUAAUAUUAUCCCACUCAUUAAACCAAACAGAUAUUCAGAACAGCGACUCUUUGGUAACUAAUCGUGAAGUCCCUUUUCAAUAUGAACCAGAAGUAAACAUUCAUUGUACUAAACUUCUCCAAGAAAAAUUAAUAGAGAGUCAUAAUUCUAUUCUAAACGGUCAGCAUGCUGGAGUACCUACCUUGCAUUACCCUGAACAAAAAGAAACAACAAUGGUUGAUGAAAGAUAUUCUCAAGAAGCUUCACACCGGUCAACUUUAGUGCAGCAAAAUAAUACAAAUGAUCAUCAGGGUCAACAGAUAAACAAUGAAAGCAACAGGGAGUUGAUAGUAAAAAGAAUAAGUAGUGCAACCCAGACCACAGACACACCAAGACUUGGACGUAAAUAUAAAACGAGAGAAGAAAUAGAAUGUGAAAGGUUGUCAAAGGAUUUUGUCAACCACUGUAAUGACAUCAUGCUUAAAAACUUACUCGUUCCAGCACCAAAUCACAAGACCAUAUCUGAUUACAUGGAAGGACUUUUUAAUCUAGAGCUGGAGAGAGGUGGACAGCCGACAAGGAAAACGUCCUCAAUUCAAGAUGAAAUGGUCAAUCAGACUUCCUCUUCCUGUAUAUCACAUACGUCGGGCAGAGAAGGAAAUGAGUUAUCCCUUAACAGUGCCUCUUUUACCACAUCUGAAUCCAAAGCUAAACUCUUGAUUGGAUACAUUCAAGAGACAGGCCUUGAUGACUGGUCUUCGGAUAACGAAUUAAGCAUCAAAAAGGCAGAAUUAAUAGCUAGUAUAGACCGGAAACUGGAAUGCCUUCGAUUAGAGCACACUGCCCUUCGGGAAGAAAUGGUCCAGAACGAGGUUCUUGGAAAAGAAGUGACGUCACGAGUAGAACAGUUGGUUAAACCGAACGAAUUUGAAAAAUAUCGACUACACAUUGAAGAACUUGAGAAAAUAAUCAAUUUGUUGCUGUCAUUGUCAGGAAGGCUUGCACGAGCUCAGAACGCCCUUUUUUCUUUAUCUAUAGAAGCUGGAGAGGAAGAAAAGAGAAUUCUUCAAGAAAAGUACGACAAACUGGUUGGACAACACGAAGAAGCUCGACGGCUAAAAGAAAGUAUUGACAAACGCAGCCACCAGGUGUCGACAUUUCUUCAUCGCUAUUUAUCUAGUGAGGAAUACGCUGAUUACGAUCAUUUCGUGAAAAUGAAAUCCAAGCUUCUAAUGGACGCUCGGAAGAUAAGUGAGAAGAUUAAACUUGGCGAGGAACAACUCGCAGCGCUACAGAAUAAUGUGAACUUUGAAAUUUGGAAACAAGCUCAGACAAAGACGCAAGUUUUACCUGGGACCUAAGACUUUUGAACUACCGCAUGUAAUUAAGAUUGUACAGUAGUGGUCUUACUAUUUGGCUUCGAUUCUGCGGGUUACAGGAUUGCCAAACAUCAAUCACAACAGCGCCAUCUGGUUGAUUGUGCUGAUCAACAUGAAGUACGGCUUGUUUGUUUUGUUUUUAUUUCUUUCAUUUCCCGACGAAUAUCUUUCUUUGAAGACCUUGAGAUAUGAAAGUUAUUAGCAAUUGGUGAUUCUGAUUUUCAAAUAUAAUUUGCUUGAAGUAAAAAUGAAAGUUUUUAAAUUAUUUAAUAAACAAUUGGUUUAAAGUAACGUGUGAAAAGUUUCAAGAGGAUAGAUAUCUUGGUCCUGUUAAUUUAUUCAUUUUUCUCGCGUCUAAUUUACUGACCAGGAAUCUUUAGUCGUCAUCGUCGUAUUGUUAACGUCACUUACUAUCUGAGCGUUACUUGGUAAAAAUCAGUAACAUAAUCACACUUCACGAAUGAUAUGAAAUAAAGGUUGUUUUUUUUUAAUUGAAUUUCUUAUUGUUUUUAACGUUGCUUGUAACUUCUCAAAGACCGUUAAAAACUUUAGGAAAGAAAAACGAAGUGUUUAACAGAAGUUUGAGAAGACACUAUAUUGUGUAACCCAGAGGGUCGUAAGGUGACCACAAUCAGUAUUUUUGUAGAAUGGGCAAGUAUAUAGUGCCAGUGAAGGCAUAUCAUGUUAUCAGAUAUUAUUGUUGUUUUUUGUGUGUAACUAAGCCUUGGCUUUGCCAUAUAUGUUUAUCUAGAAACUUUAGGAAAAUAAAAAUGUUCCUUUUGUCUUGUCGAGUGAAGAGUAAAGUUAAGCACCCCUCCAGAGGACAUGUAAUUUGUGAUAUAUAUGCUUGUAGACAUAAAUAAAUAUUAAAAACGA